AUGGAGCGUAUGAGGUUCAGCGAUUUGGGGCCCUCGGUGCUGUAUGGGCUCGUUGUGGUGGGCUUGGUGCUGCUACUGGCGCCCACGCAGAAGGUGGAAAUCCAGGGCCACGUCAUGGUGGGCGCCACUAAGGUAGUGGAGGCAGUCGUGGCUGGGAUCUUCUUCACCACCUUUCACGUCAUCUUCCGCUUCUUCGUGGAGUUCCGGAACGCGAUGCACGCGGUGGUGGUCACGGACAUGCGGCUCUUCUACAUCCGCCAGAAGUUCCGGCUGCCUGGGUCCACUCUGCUGGGCUCAGACCUGCGCGUGGACGCCUUCCGCCAUGACCGGAACCUCUUCUAUGGGCGCUGCACCACGCAGCAGCUGCCUUACUACUUCCGCAUGAUGGGGUACCGGUACAUGCCUGGUACGGUCUACAUGCAGAGCAAGAUGGGUGUGCUGAAGCUCAUGCGCGAGAACGGCAACGCCAUGGACGUUUUCCACGUGGUGUCGCAGCUGGCGCGCCGCUCCGGGGGCGACGCCAUCACCGAGGAGCGCCUCCGUAAGGCGGGCUGCAACCAAGCGCUGCUCGACGAGUGCAAGAAGUCGGUGGAGAAGGGGCUCUUCAUCAAAAAGGACAAGGAUGGCAAUGACGUGAAGGGCGUCUGGGACAUCCACUUGCAGCCCACCGACGUGGUCCGCAGCUUAGAUCGAGCCAAGACCAGCCUUAAAGCGCAGGACUUCCCACUGCUUCCUCCAGACCACCCCAUGCGGCAGCUCGAGCUGACGCGCGCGAAUGGCGCGGCGUGGCUGAACCCCUUCAGGGCCGAUGCUUGCCUAGUGGUGAAGGAUCGCUGGUUCUUCAUUCACAAGCCCUUGGUGCAGGACAGCGGGUACUUGAUGCACCUGCUGUCUGAGGAGUGCAGGUGUCCGGAGGACUACAUGCUGCGAAUGGAGGCAGACGCGGACUGCCUGGAGCUGGUGCUGCGCUGGAUGUACACAGGCGAGGCCUCGCCACAGGUGCGACAGAUCAAAGACCUGCUGAGCCUGGGGCGGUUUCUGCUGAUGAGCGACGCCUUUGAGGACUACCUUUGGGCCUGCCUGGUACAGAGCUGUCGCGGCCAGCCCUGCCUCAUCUACGCGCUGACGGUUUGCGGCCGAGCUCAGCCUCUCGCCCAGCUGCUGCAGAUCCUGGACAGGUGCCAGGUGCCGGUGGACGUCCACCUCAAGUUCUGGGUGCUGUGGGCCAUGCACGUGGAACUCGUAGACACGGACGUGGAGGUGUCGAUUCUGCGAGAACACAUGGUGGAGCUGGUUCGUAGCUGCAGUGAAUCGGGGCUUCGGGAUGCGCAGAGGGCCUCACCAAAGAGCUUCGACCUUCUUGUGCCGGCCUCGUGUUUGGUGGCGCGCUACCAGAUGGAGCAGCCGACGCAUGACUUGCCCAACUGGCUCGAGAGGCCGCUGGAUCGACCAGCUGCAGCCACUGCAGGCUUCAAGGCUCCUCCGGCGCGGCGCAGUUGGCCCUUGGAAGUGAGCGCUUUUUCCAGCUUGGCUUGA